AUGGCGUCGUCAAUUAGACCUUCUGCAUUUCAGUUGCUACUCCGGGGUAGAUCGUCCCUUGCACGCACGCCUCAACGACGAUGGGCCCAGGUGCAUGACGUGCGCUUCCUUGCCACGCAUCACGAUCCAAAUCACGUCCUGGACAGAUACAAGUCGAAGCUGGACAGGAAGGCCAAAGAAGAAGGUCAUGGCUCAGUAGAGUCACUCAAGGAAGCCUACAAGGACAAGAUCCAAGGCCUUCGCCGCAACGCAGCCACGCCUCUUACCCCAGAACCAACCACACCUCCCUCGUCCCCGAAGUCUUUCACAGCCGCCCAUCCACCACCCCCUCCUACACCACCGCCAUCUCCCAAUGCCGCCGCCGCCGCAGCCUCCGUCUCAGGCUCCUCAACAGGAAUCAAGCCGCUCAGCUCCUAUCUCGACGUCGAGAAAGUCCUCGCCCUCCCCCAGAAGGAAAUAGAAGCCCUCUGGCGCCUCCGCCACGCCAACAAUCCCAACUCGAUCUGCGCCUGUAUCCCUCUAGAAACCUACCAGCGCAUCGCCUCCGCCGCCCGCCACAACCCACAAUUCAUCCUCCCUCUCCCCCGCUCCUCAACCGAGCAAGCACCCGCCGAAGACGGCUCCACCGCGGACCCCAACGCCGUCGGCGCAGACAUUCACUUCCUGCAGUGGGCGUUCCACCCGCCUGCCUCCCCCGCGCCCUCGGGCUCGUCGGCGAACAACCACACCUCCACGGUGAUCUUCACCCAGCUGGCCGCGUACAAGCUGCACGGGGCGUUUGCGCAGCCGCACACGACGAUCACGCACCACCUGGAUCUGGCGGAUGAGAAGGGAUUGGUGCUGAUGCAUGGGCAGGUCAUGCCGGAUUCCGGGAUCUCGACGACCGAGGCGAGCUGGUUGGUGAGCUGUUUGCAGCGGUUUUAUGAUUUUGAGGGCCAGGCGAGUGGGCGGAAGGGGGAGCUAGUGCGCAUGUUUACUCGUGGUGAUGUGGAGGGGUUCAAGAUGGAGGAGUUGAUGGAGGAGGCGGAGAGGCUGUAG